AUGGGCAUUAGCCAGCAGCAGCCACUAUACUCGACAUAUGAAUUCAACCCGCUUGAGCACCUUGCCGGUAUUGCUCCAUACUUCGAGCCAUCAGAUCCACCGCGAGAUCCUUCACCACCAAGAGGAUGCGAGGUAACAAAAGCGGCCUACCUUGUCCGGCAUGCUGCGAUCAACGCGAACGAUUUCGACUACGAAUCCUAUCUUGAACCAUUCAUCCACAAGCUCACGAACACGACCGUAGAUUGGAGUAAAAUACCUGCGCUAUCUUUCCUCGCAACCUGGAAGCCGCCUGCUCUGAAGGAACAAGAGCGCGUUACGCGGACUGGCAAGCUCGAGGCUGCGCAGCUUGGUGUUCAGAUAUCAUAUAGAUAUCCCAACUUGGGAUUGCCAAAGCGCGUUUGGACCAGCAGUGCUGAACGAACUGUUGUCAGUGCCGAAAGUCUGAUACGAGGUUUGGAGGUUGACGAGAAUGAGAUCAAUCUCGUUCAGGUCUACGAAGGAGAGAAGACUGGCGCAAACAGCUUGACACCUUACAAAUCAUGUCCUGCAUACUCUUCCUCGCGAGGCUCCGAGCAGAGCACGACAUACGUAAAGAAGUACACGGCUCCCAUUCUGGCUCGUCUGCAUUCGCUCGCGCCGAACUUUAACUGGACGUCAAGCGAUGUCUUUGGUAUGUUUGAGUGGUGCGGCUAUGAAACCGUCAUUCGAGGAAAGUCUCCGUUCUGCUCGCUCAGCCUAUUCAACCCCGACGAGUGGCUCCAAUUCGAGUACGCUCAAGACAUCAUGUACCACCACAAUACAGGUUACGGCAACCCAGUGUCCGGCAGCAUUGGCUUUCCAUGGCUCAAUACUACAGCCAACCUGCUCGCUUCGGAGGAGGACGACGAUCAGGACAUCUACAUCUCUUUCACCCAUCGUGAACUUCCUCCCACAGUACUGGUUGCGAUGGGCUUAUUCAACAACUCUGCUAUGACGGGAGCCAACGAUGUCAAUGCCACCAUGCCUCUUGAGCAAGUCAACCACCACCGCCAGUGGAUCAGCUCCUAUAUCCUCCCCUUCCUAACCAACGUUGCGGUGGAGAAGAUGAACUGCUCUGCCUCAUACGGGUAUCAGAACGCUUCAGACCCCACCUACUACCGUGUCUUGGUCAACCGGAGCCCGCAGACAUUACCUGGAUGCUUUGAUGGUCCACUCGAGAGCUGCUCGGCAUCUGGCUUCCAGCAAUUUUUGGAAGAACGAAGCGCUCAAUUUGGGGACUUUGGGAAGGCGUGCGAGGUCGAUUACGACAAUUCCACGAAUACAAUCAGCUUCUAUACUAAUCAGAAUAAUGGGACUACAGUUGGCAAGAGAAGCAUGAGAUAUGGUAGAAUGUAG